AUGGGCAGCCCCUGGAAUGGCAGCGACGGCCCCGAGGGGGCGCGGGAGCCGCCGUGGGCCGCGCUGCCGCCUUGCGACGAGCGCCGCUGCUCGCCGUUUCCCCUGGGGGCGCUGGUGCCGGUGACCGCCGUGUGCCUGUGCCUGUUCGCCGUCGGUGUGAGCGGCAACGUGGUGACCGUGCUGCUGAUCGGGCGCUACCGGGACAUGCGGACCACCACCAACUUGUACCUGGGCAGCAUGGCCGUGUCCGACCUACUCAUUCUGCUCGGGCUGCCGUUCGACCUGUACCGCCUCUGGCGCUCGCGGCCCUGGGUGUUCGGGCCGCUGCUCUGCCGCCUGUCCCUCUACGUGGGCGAGGGCUGCACCUACGCCACGCUGCUGCAUAUGACCGCGCUCAGCGUCGAGCGCUACCUGGCCAUCUGCCGCCCGCUCCGCGCCCGCGUCUUGGUCACCCGGCGCCGCGUCCGCGCGCUCAUCGCUGUGCUCUGGGCCGUGGCGCUGCUCUCUGCAGGGCCCUUCUUGUUCCUGGUGGGCGUCGAGCAGGACCCCGGCAUCUCCGUAGUCCCGGGCCUCAAUGGCACCGCGCGGCUCGCCUCCUCGCCUCUCGCCUCGUCGCCGCCCCUCUGGGUCUCGCGGGCGCCACCGCCGUCCCCGCCGUCGGGGCCCGAGACCGCUGAGGCCGCGGCGCUGUUCAGCCGCGAAUGCCGGCCGAGCCCCGCGCAGCUGGGCGCGCUGCGUGUCAUGCUGUGGGUCACCACUGCCUACUUCUUCCUGCCAUUUCUGUGCCUCAGCAUCCUCUACGGGCUCAUCGGGCGGGAGCUGUGGAGCAGCCGGCGGCCGCUGCGAGGCCCGGCCGCCUCGGGGCGGGAGAGAGGCCACCGGCAGACCGUCCGCGUCCUGCUGGUGGUGGUUCUGGCAUUUAUAAUUUGCUGGUUGCCCUUCCACGUUGGCAGAAUCAUUUACAUAAACACGGAAGAUUCGCGGAUGAUGUACUUCUCUCAGUACUUUAACAUCGUCGCUCUGCAACUUUUCUAUCUGAGCGCAUCUAUCAACCCAAUCCUCUACAACCUCAUUUCAAAGAAGUACAGAGCGGCGGCCUUUAAACUGCUGCUCGCAAGGAAGUCCAGGCCGAGAGGCUUCCACAGAAGCAGGGACACUGCGGGGGAACUUGCAGGGGACACUGGAGGAGACACGGUGGGCUACACCGAGACAAGCGCUAACGUGAAGACGACGGGGUAACCAGCACGGCCAAGCCAGGCUCCUCUUGCAGUUCUAAGACUUUGGGGAAAACAGAUGAGUAGAGAAAUAAAGACUGAAAGUGAGGAACAGAUCCUGUUAAGAAGAAUGGAAAGAGGGUUGCAGUUGUGCCAGUUGGUUAAGAAAUAGACCGCAUGAUUUAUUUAACCAAGGUAUGAAAUGUAACUGUGCCAACCUUUCUAGUUUCCUUCCCACGCACCUCCUAAGGGAGGUCGAUUUUACCAUCAUGAAAUCCCACAUCUCAAAGUGUGCUCUUGUGUGAUGGUUUCAUGAAGUCCUCAUCCUCCUACUCUUCGGAAAGAUGAUUGUUCAUUUUACAGUUAAAUGAUACACAAAGAUGCUGCCCCAAAACUGCCACCUCUGAGAUCAUGAGUGUAUUUUAUGUUUUGGAUGUAAAUGUAACAGUACAUCUACAAGGAACCAGGAUAAUGACAGUUUUGAUCCAAGAAAUGAUUUAAUACCUAUGUAUGGCUGCAAAAACUUUUAGAAGUAAAAGGAAUUCUGGGUAGACUCCAGUGUUCACGGGUCCCACCUCUCUCCAGAUCACAGCAAAUCAUAAAGUUUAGGCAAAAUAAUAGCCUCUUUCAGAAGUAUUAAGCAAUUGUGUUGCAACCCACUUCUCCUUGACACUGCCCAUGGGACCUUCCCAGUGCCACUGGCCAUGGGGUGGCAAACUUUGGGCAUCAAAAUUUGAGAGUAGAGAGCUCAGCAGGACAUGGUUUCUCCAGUGACUACAAAUCACAUUUGUAAAGAGCUAUUUAAUAUGCUUUAUCUCACCUCAGCUUGGUGGUGUGAGUGCUGUUGUCAACAUUCCUGUAUUGCAAGUGAGUCUUGGAUUGCCCAAACAGGAGCUGGUGAGCUGGAGUCUGAAUCCAGUGUUUAAGUUGCUCACCUACUCCCAAGCCAAGAUGCUGUCCUUACUGAAAAACGCCAGCCAAUGGAUUUAGUCAAGAGUGAAAGAGAACUCACUGGACAUUCUGAUCAACAACUCUGUAACUUUGUUUUGUUUUUUACAGUUUAAAACACAAAUAUUUUUAGAGGGUUACUGCUGUCACUCAGCUCCAAAGGGCUUCACUUAUGCCACCUUCUGUAUGAAUGGCACCCCCAAGAUGUGGGCAGGGUACAGCUUUCACAGUUGUACAUGGGACCUUUUUUGGGGCUUUCAGAUAGAUAAAUUCAACCCUAAAUUACAAUAGGAUCUUGAUUUGUAUGAGGAAUUUGUCCUGAGACCUUCAUGAAUUUUCACAUCUACAAAUACCAGAAAAGUGACAAAUGCUAUAACUUCAGAGUUAUAAAGACAGAUAGACAUAAAGUCACAUUGAGACUUGGAGGCUGGAGAGGCAGCUCCGUUGAUUCACUGACUUGAUGUCUCUGCUUCACAGCCCACAGUUUGGGUGGCUUCGGUAAAUGUCUAAAUUACUUUCCGCCACAGGCCACCAUAGUCUCUUUUGAAUAGUUAAAACUACAAAAGAUGAAUACAUAAAUAACAAGGGUCUGCCCGACAUGCACUCAAAGUUCUGUUGCUUUCUCAUUUUCUUAGCCAAAGCCCUAGCUCAGUCCCCAGCCCGGUCCACAAUUGGCACAGGAAUGAAGUCUCUCGUUUGCUUUUUCUCCUAGCUAGUGGAAGAAGCAGAUUGCAGUCACUUCAAGAAGCAUUCCCUAAACUGUGUUCUGCAGAUUUCCAGGGAUUAUUGGAAAAAAUGGUUCUGGGGUUAAAUAUGGCAGGAAAAUACCACAUUGUGUUCCCCCACCACACCCUAAACAUUUCACACACAUAACACAAUAUAGCAUGUCAGAGGCUCUGAGAAGUUGUCUCAACCAACAUUUCCUUGACUUAUUUUAUCACAGAACCAACUCCCCAUCUUCCCUCCCAAGAACACUUAGUAAAAUCUCAUGGAGUGAGAAAUACUUUGGGGAGCACUGAUGUAGGGGUUCUGACAGUGAAGGUGCCAGCCUGGAGCCUCCAUAACUCUCUGCUUGGUAGCACUGAGUACAGCAGCUGCCACAGUCCUUCUGCUCAUGGGAGCUCCUCUCUGGAGCAGUCAGGAGUGGCCACCUCCCUAGGGAAAGUCACAGCAAAGAACCUUAUUAAGAUGUAUAUAAUAUUUUAUUUUUUUAGAGACAGGAUCUCACCCUGUUGCGAAGCUGGAGUGCAGUGGCACAAUCAUAGCUCACUGUAACCUUAAAUUCCUGGAUUCGAACCAUCCUCCCACCUCAACCUCCCCAGUAGGCAGGACUACAGGCACACACCACCAUGCCUGGCUAAAUUUUUAGUUUUAGUAAAGUUGGGGUCUUGCUGUGUUGCCCAGGCUGGUCUCAAACUCCUGGCCUCAAGCAAUCCUCCUGCCUCAGCUUCCCAAAGUGCUGGGAUUACAGGCAUGAGCCACCACACCUGGCUCAUGUAUAAUAUUCUAAAUGUAGAAGCAAAGACCUCUCUUUUGAGCUUUCUCGUUCAGAAUCUAGAAAACAAGGAUUUACAUGACACUUUCCUGGGACUUAAGCAUGUUUCCAGGUGUGGGCAUAGGGAGGAUCACCCUUCCCUUCCCAGAUGGUACCUGAGAUGGAGGGCCUGAAGGCCAUCCCUUCCUUCAGGAUUCUUGUGUGGUCUCAGCCUACUAGUGGACUGUGAAAUCAGUAAGUGUGUCACAUUUUUCUUUAAUGGAGUAGUGUGGACAAGAAUAGAGUCCAUUGUGUAUCACAUGUACUAAGGUAACUAUUGUGCUGUGAAACUUUUGUUUCAAUUAUGUUUUGGUUGGUGUCUUUCCUGGUUCACAAAAUAAAAUAUUCUAACUGUG